AUGAUUCCGAGCCCCAGAGGACGCAUCCCAAGCCCUGAUCAACCGGAAGCCGUGGAGCUUACACCGGUGCACCAACGGGCCAGCCGCCGUAUUCGAGGAGAUUCACCAGAAUUCGGACCCCUUCCCGCUGCUUCAAGAGUACCGGCGACUGAGACAAGCGACACCACCACCAUGACCAGCCAAGUUACACCGUCGCAGCUCAUCGUGAGCCAACCUGUCAUACCUAAGGUAUUCCACGGCGACUCGUUCGAGGACGCUGAAGACUGGUUAGACCACUUCGAGAGAGUGGCAAAUAUCAACCAAUGGAACGAAGAACGCAAGCUGCGCAACGUCUACGUUGCUUUGGAAGACUCUGAACGAGUGUGGUACGAAAACCACGAGGCAUCCCUAACGUCUUGGGAAGAGUUUCGGCGGCAGCUACUGUGUACGUUCGGUAACAGUGAUCGCCGGGAAAAGGCAGAAGCAGCUCUUCGUACACGGAACCAACGCACCAACGAGACCGUUGCAAUGUACAUAGAAGACAUGUCCCGCCUGUUCAAACGAGCUGAUCCCAGCAUGACUGAAGACAAGAAGGUGCGCCAUCUCAUGCAUGGGGUAAAACAAGAGCUGUUCGCGGGACUUGUUCGCAAUCCGCCUCGCACAGUUGCGGAGUUUCGGUCGGAAGCAACAACCAUCGAAACGACGCUGCAUCAGAGAGCCCGGCAGUACAAUCGCGACGUAGCCUGUACAUCAGCUGGAGUCUACUCGGCAGGCGUUCCGGAUAACCUGGACACCCUGCGGGAGCUCGUCCGGUCGGUAGUCAGGGUGGAGCUACGCAAGCUGCAGUCACCCGAUGUUGCACCGGAACUGUCUAUUGCUGAUGUUGUGCGAGAAGAAAUUAGGCACGCCAUACGGGAGCCGCAGAGUGAUGCAAUACCGACACGACGCGCGGUAACGUACUCUGAGGUGCUCCGGCGACCUGCUGUCCACUGUGCGCCGAUCGAAACGCCAAAGGCUGUGGAGUUCGGAAUCCAGACCGUGAACACCAAUGCUCUCCCAAGUGUACUCUGUGCGGUGGCUCCCACCUCACCGCAGACAAAACGUGUACCGCCAAGUACAAGACCCCGUAUGUCAUCCGGAAACGACUUUGGGAACGACGUAUGGCGCAAGAGAGUUCUACCCAGCCGAACGACCCCCCUUCCGGGGAACCCAAGAAGCCCUCCAGAUCUCGCUCCCGCUCCCGCCCUGGAGCUGGCCGAUCCAGGUCAAGAUCCCGAUCGACACCAGGAGGCCAGCCGACUACCGACAAGUGCCCCUCCACAGCAUCAGCACCGUUUCCUAUCACUAUUCAAGAAAGCUCUUAACCUCGCCGGUCGCAACCCCCUCGUAAUUGGCGGUGACUUCAAUGCCCCGCACACGGGCUGGGGUUAUAAACACAGCUCCAUAAAGGGCCGCAACCUAUGGCAAGAUUCUCAUGAUCUCGACCUAACGCUCAUCACCGACCCGUCUUUCCCAACACGCCUCGGCACAUCCACAGCCCGAGAUACGACACCCGACCUCACUUUCACGAAAAAACACGGCCCUUCGCUGACUCACGCACCGUACGCGGGCUCCCCCAAUGCCGCCCUAGACGAGGAUUUUACUGUAGCCGAGAUCUACACCGUCCUUCACAAGCUGAACAGCCGAUCGGCCCCCGGUCCGGAUGGCGUCACCAACAAAACCCUGAGGAACCUUGACGACCCAUCUGUAGAACUGCUCACCGAUUACAUCAAUGAUUGCAAGGUCAUGGAGCACGCGCUCCUUAACCGAGUGAACUCUCACCUCGAGGAUACGGCAGCCUACCCGCACUCCAUCAUCGGUUUUAGGGCACACCUGUCAACACAGGAUGCCAUGCUCCAACUCAAGCACCGAAUCCUCGAUGGGAAAUCCCGCCAUACGAAAGCCAUCUUGGGAUUAGACCUUGAGCGCGCUUUUGACAAUGUUGCUCACUCCACGAUACUAGAGCGCAUUUCACAACUUAACCUCGGAGAACGCACCUACAAUUAUGUCCGGGACUUUCUCUCAGAUCGACGAGCGUACCUUGUGGCCGGGGACAUCAAAUCCGACGAGCACACUCUUGGAUGCUUGGGCACCCCACAAGGAUCUGUCAUAUCACCGAUGCUUUUUAAUCUGGUCAUGAUCGGCCUGGCGCAGAAGCUCCAGGAACAGGACGACAUUGAACAUACAAUCUAUGCGGACGAUAUAACCAUCUGGGCGACCAAGGGCAGCGACGGCCAAAUUGAAGCAGCGUUACAAGAGGCUAUCGAUACAGAUGGAGGCACCAUUCCAGUGGUCUCAACUAUCAGGAUCCUAGGCAUGACUAUCGAGUCAAACGGUGCGAACGCCACGGCAGUCACCAAGAUCCUUCGCCAAACGGCCAAUACAUCGCGUCUGCUUAAACGCGUGACAAACAGGAGACAGGGCAUGAAGGAGGAUAGUCUCAUUCGCCUCGUUCACUCCUUCGUCAUCUGCCACAUCACGUAUUCUCUCAUCACCAAGACAUUGCGGGACAGCUUUGUUGGAAUCAAAUUGGACAGGCUCCUGUAUAUACAGGACAGUAGUCUUGAGAGUCUGAAGAAGGUGGCUGUCUGCUUAGAAGCUCUGCAGAUGGCUGUGCUUCAGUUGCUGCAACCGUCUGCUCUCUCCAAGUUGCAGAAUGAAGCAAAGGCUACAGCAGCUGAAAAAGCAACCAUGCGCGUGCAGCUUAACGUCAGCAGCGAGCGGAUGGUGCUGGCUCUGCUCAAGGACGCCCUUGAGCGUCGCUUGGAUGAUGAGCUGCUGUGUGAAGUGUUCCACAUUCUUGUGCUCCUCCUGAGGUGUCAAGAAGUGCCAAGUGCAAGUGAUCUUCUCGGUUUCUUUCCCGCCAUCGCAGUAGCAUGGAACACCCGAUUUGGACGGGUGCCUGGCCUUGAGUCUUCAAAUGCAAAGCUUCAAUUCGAAGGAAAAGGAUCUGACAACCUACUUUGUGCAAGUCUAACAGUGGCCAGCUUCUUGCCGCGUGGAACAUUCAAUGUGGAGCCCUUGCUGAGCCAUGCUUUUACUGAAGGAUCAACAGAAGUUCAGAAGGCUGGCGCAGAGCUGUUGUCCCACUGCAUCUUGCGACGGAAUGCAUCCACUGCGGUGGUUCCUAAAAUCAGCACAAUCAUCGAGAAAGCACCAGAGUCCAAUUUGUUGUCAUGGGUGAAUUGUGUUCGGGACCUCUGCUGUGUCUUGUCUGGAAAGGCCAAAAGGUUUCAAGCCGGAGACAAUUGGCAGCAACCAAACGCUGUUUGCUGCUUUGCAUGCGAAGCAGAAGAGUUGUCACUAAUUGCUACUGUGAGUGACAGCAAGUACAUGAGUGAUUGCGUCAUCAAGCUGUGCACCUCCCGUCACAGUUCUGUUAGAGAAGCCAUGGUGUCCCACCUGCCCAGCAUCCUUUGCCACCUUCACUUGGAUGAUUCCCUAAUUACAAGUCUGCUGGACAUUUUGGAAGACGCUGACUAUGUUGUCAGGAUGAAGUUUGGGAAUCGGCCUCUUAAAGUGCUGAUGUCGAGAAGUGACUCCGGUGUCCGCAGCAACAUCGUGUCACGGUUGAAGCAGACUCUGAACAGUGCCUGGCAGUCGGAGAAUGCUCGCCUGCAGGACACGUUGCUCACAGCAGUUGGCUGCGUGGGACAAGAUGCCAAGGACGAAGACUCACAGGCAUUCGCUUUGCUAUGCCUGCUGGAGCACAUACUCUGCCGCACAGCAGGCGUUGCUGAUAUCGCACGUGAGCAGCUUGUGGAACUUGCGGAGAAUUUGGGUUCCUCUACGAGCAUCUUGUUGAAGAAAUUUCGACCACAAGUGGGAAAGUUUCUAUUUGAUAGCAUGAUCAAGGCAUGUCAGGAGCGUGGUUUCUCCGUGAACACAUUCCUCAGCAACCUGAUUGGAAUAUUUGGCUCCACUGAUGUUCGGACCUUUCUCAUUAGCAUGCUUCGGUUCCUACUGCCCCCGCUGGUUCUCCAAGCUGAGCCCACGUGUUCUCGCCUGUUGAAGGGAUUUGCCAAGGAGAUUAAGUCGGUUCGUAGAGACCUGCUGAUGACCAACUUCAAGCACAUUUUUCCUUACCUCAUCUGUCACGCUUCGGGCAAUCAACUGGCCACUGCCCUGUCAUUUGUUGAGGCAGAGACAGGCCUCCGUAUUGGCAACGUGCUUCGAUUUGACUUCCAGCGCAUCUUGAAUGAGCUUCUCUUCCACCUUGGCAGCCACUAUGAACAGGUGCACGAUGGCCUGUUGGUGCUGGCCAGGGAAGAUGGUUUUCGUCCCAUCCGUUCCAGCAAGGAUUUGGCAGAGUUUCUCCAGCCUAGGCUGCUUGGCUUCCUGACGUUUUUCGACCUUCAGCUUGUGAACAAAAAUAUACCUGAUGACAAGAAAAAAGAGGCACUAAGAAGCCUGGAGUGCAUCCUUAGGCUCAUGGGCCAGCAACAUGUAACAGCACUACGAAUGAAGCUGAUGGCAACCCUGAAGUUGGCAUUACGGCUCACUCACGGGGAAUUCCCAUCAAUCAACAGUUGUGUUUGGAGCACAUUCAUUCACAACCUCGAGCCAUCAUCUACAGGUCCACUGCUGAGUCAGAUUACUGCCACACUGUUGCCACUGCUCAAGUUGGACCCAGAAGGUGCAAAAAACAUCUUCAACUUUCUCUUCAUCGACAACAGGGAGCAGCACGUGAGCUUCUUCCAUGACCUUCAUUUCAUUUCUGAAGUUCCAGAACUGGAGCAUGUUCAGCAAACUGUGUCAACACCAGACAGCCAAGGAGAGAACAAUCUGAGUAACAUCUUGGGUCCCUGCUUGCACGGUAUUGCACACGAAAACCUUGACGUCCGAGUGCUAGCUUUGGGAAAGCUGAAGAAAGUGCUUUCAGCUAAUCAGAGCAAGCUGGCUGAGCAUCUGCUUACACGGGAGUCAGUGGAUCCACUUGUUUCAAAGCUGAUAGUUCAGCUUCUGAGUGGUUGCCGGGAAGCAGAUUCCAAGGUGCACGUCCUUCUGGCUGAAUGCUUUGGAGAACUGGGAGCAAUUGACCCUGGCAGGUUGGAACUGGAGCUUUUGAACACUGAAAAAGCAGUUGCCGUCCACAGUGGAGUUGAUGACAAGAGCUUCGCAGUUGACCUGCUUCAACGUCUGUGCCGCUCGUACCUUGCCGCUGAAGAUAGCAGAGUUCAGGACUGUUCUUCAUAUGCCAUUCAAGAGGUUCUAAAGAUCUACAAGUGUAAUGAGACGAAAUCUACACUCGGGCGAAAUUUGUGGAAGAGUUUUACCCCUGAGGUGCAAGAGAUCUUCACCCCAAUGCUCAGUUCAAGAUACAUCAUGUCAAGCAGCGACUCAGUGGAGUACCCGCACCCAUUGUUCGGCACAGUCUAUGCGCAGAACUUCCGUGAUUGGCUGGCAAACUGGACGCUCGACCUUCUGGACAAGUUGAAGGAGGACAAGGCCCUCAAGGUGUUCAGGGCCUGCUCCCUGGUCUUCAAGAAUGACUCCAACCUGGCCUUGUUCCUCUUGCCACGAGUUCUGGUGUGUGUCCUCGCCGACACGGAUGCUGCAGGCAGGGAGCAGGUAAUGACUGAAGUGCUGGCAGUUCUGCAGCAUUGUGAGCAGACAGACGACAAUUCUGGUCUGUUGCACCUAUGCUCUCAGACCAUCUUCUCCAUACUUGACUACUUAGCCGUGCGUGCCAAGAUGUUCAGGAACACUACCGCUCCUGGGACGUCGUCAGCAUCACCGGCAGUGGCAGUGCUCAGUGAUGAAGAGGCAUCCUUUGUGGCCCGCAUCCCACAAGACCUCCUGGCACGUGUGUCAUUCAACUGCCAGGCCUACACUCGGGCUUUGUUUCACCUUGAGUCAUACCUCCAUGACCGUCCAGAGCGUGUGCAAGAGAAUCUGCAGUUGCUUCAGGUCAGCCUGUUCUCCCUAUGUCUGUCUUAA